AUGUAUGCGUUCGGCCUAACACAGAUCGGCAUGGGCUGGGAUGCGCUCGAUGACAUUCUUUUGCAAAGCCCCAAGAGCAAUUCGCUCCAUCUUUCUGAUCCUGCUUCUGAGGAUAUGCCGACUGAGUCAUUUCUCCGUGGCAAUCGCGACCUCGACGCCAAUCCUUACACAGGAGAUCUUGCGCUCGCCGAAUUUUCCUGGUUUGAGCGUGAUCCUUGUCAAGGUGAAUAUGCCCCAGCUGCUGUCCGACGUACAUGCGUCUCACCAAAUUCAGACUUUCUGUCUCCAAUAUCAAGGUCCGACCCUGUGAAAAAUUGCACCGCGAGUGUAGCCAUGCAGAUGCUUCGUGCUUUUCCACAGAUGAUGCUUCGUAGAGAGACAUUCCCUCCUUUCAUACACGGACACUGGUAUCGCCCAAUGAGUGCUAUGGAGCCUGCUCUACCUGAGCCAUUAGUCAAUUGCAUGGGUGUGGCACAAGUAUUUGUGUCUCAUAACCUCGAGACUAAGCCAUUUCUAUGGCGCCUGAUCCAAUCAGAACAAAGUUCCACGUCCAAAAAGACCGAACAGCGCCUAAUUUCGAAGCACGACCUUCUUGCAGCUAUACAAGCUCAGCUCAUAUACAUCAUGAUGAGAGUUAUCGACAAUUCAAAGGCUGAACCAGACUUGAAUCUGGAGAUACUAGUCACUUAUCAGAACCUUUGUGAAAGUUUCAAGAAAAUUUGCAAUCAGCCAUUUUUCCUGGACGAGAGAAUGUACCCAAGUUCCAGCUGGGAAGAUUGGGUCUUCGCUGAAUCUAGACGGAGAACAGUAGUUGUUUGGCUUUUGAUCGCUCACAUGGUUCACAUCAAGAUUGGUGUACCUUGCGACACAUUCGAGAGCUUCCGAGAAAUCCCUCUUCCUGCCCCUAAUUCACUUUGGGGGGCAAGGACACGUUUGGGGUGGCAGUUGGAAUAUGAAUUGUAUAAAACCAUGCCGCGGAUGGGUCUGGAACAUUUCGGAGACCUCAUUGAUGCUUGCAGACAAAGCGAUGUAGGUUCAAAUAGGCUGAAACUGGAUGCUUGGAACGCCACAGUCGAUAGUCUUGGUAUCUUGCUUAACCUAGGUGCAGCUAUGGUCUAA